CUCCACUUCUGCUGCCAGUGUGUGGCUGGAGGAGUCCAGACCUGAGAGUGAUGGGACCAUCUUGCCCCUAACCAUGGGCCCCCCAAAAAUCACCAGGGAAGAGGAAGCGGCCAUGUUCAUCCAGGCGUGGUGGCGGGGCACCCUGGUACGCCGUACGCUGCUGCACGCGGCACUCAGAGCAUGUAUCAUUCAGCGCUGGUGGAAGCAGAUGCUGGUGAAGCUGCUGGAGAGGAAGAGGAAACUGGCCCUAGAUUUCUAUGUACGCCAAGAAUGGGCAGUGGUCAAGCUGCAAUCCUGGGUCCGCAUGUGGCGCGUACGCCUUCGUUACUGCCGUUUGCUCCACGCUGCCCGCAUCAUCCAACUCUACUGGCGCUGGCAUAACUGCCGUUCCCGUGGCUUUAUUCAGGGCCAUUACAUCUUCAAAGAAAGCCAACUGAAUCUUCAACUUGAGAUCUCUUUAGGCGCACAGGCUUGUAGAGUGCAACAGUGCAUACCCCUUCCAAUAAAGGAAUGAUCA